CAUGCCUCUUGUUUCUCUGCUGGUAACUCGGCAACAUGUAACACAAGAGCAGGAAACGGGCACCUGGAAAGCCCAGUAAGCCUGUUUCUUGGUCGUGUUUUAUGUCCCAGUGUUUCAGGUCGAAGUGCGGUUUAAAAUGAGGAAACUAUGAAAUCCAACAAGUAUUAAUACACCAAUAACCGCUCAGUUAAAGCGACGUUUUUUCUGACAAGUUUGCAAACAAGCCGAAAAUGGAAGCACUAUCUCUACCCCAAAUAAAUACAGACGACCCACGUCUGAAGCUUAAAGUGGAAAACAGAAUGAAAAACAUCUUUGUGACGCAACUAGAAGAACCAAGAGAGGAGGAAGAUGAAAAUGUUAACUUCAUCCCAAUUAUAACUGAGGCGUCUAGUAGAAUAUUGGAGACAGGAGUGAACACUCUGCAGAGGACCCUGGUGCUGAAGAAGCAGGUGGAGGUCGAGGAGGUGGACAGAGAAUUGGCCCUGAAACGACAGGAGAUCAGGGAACGUAUGCAGGCCCUGGCGCACCGGCGAGCCGAGUUCGAGCUCAAACAGCAGGCGAACAAAGACAGGGCGGGAAAGUUUGAGAAGUUUGUCCAGGACAACGAGGCAAAGAGGCGUCGGGCUCAGAGGAAAUACCUAGUGGAGAGGAAGCAAAAUGAGCUGAAAGAAACUGAGAUCGAGGAGCUUCAGCAACAGCUUCAGAAACUGCAGGCCAGGCAAUGUUUUUUAAAGGAGACGAUGAACAAAUACAAGACAUAUGAAGACUACCUGCUCAUGGUUUUAGACUUGCUUCCUGAAAAUUACCUGGAGUACGGGGCGGAGUCACUGGUCUUGCCCAUAAUCCGCCGUCGGGAAACCCUGUCCGUCACUCACCAGGACCUGGUGGAGAGGCUCGGCAGGCUGCUGGAUGAGCUGGAGCAGAGUCAGCGCAGCCUGGAGGCCCUGAACCAGGAGCAUGACACCAACAAGCUGAUGACAAACAGGAAGCUAUACGAGCUGCAGAACCAAUGGGACAGAAUGAGGGAGAGGAAUAAGGAGCUGGAGAUGAACCUGCAGUUUCACCUUGGACAGUCUCGAGACCAGACUGAAGAGACGGGGAGUCUGCUUAUAGCCAUCCAGAAUAUGGGGGAGCAGUGUCAUUCAGAGCAGUACGGGCCGCUCGAGGACAUGAACUUGUUACGCAUGAUGGAUAUGAUAAAGGAAUUUAUUCAGGAGAAGGCAGAUGUGGAGAAAAGGGCGAUGCUCCUGAUGGAUUCAAGUUCAACGAUUGCGAGCUCCACAGAGCUCACGGGAGCCCGGGAGAAGGGAUCUGUAACUGUGAAAAGCAACAGUAAAGCACCGCUGAAAAGCACAAGCAAGAUCAGCUGUAAAAGUAGCUCAGUCCUCACUGGAUCAAAACUGAAGAUGUGAACCUAGCCAGUACAUGACUGUACAGACUGAAGCCCUUAGGAUUGAUGGCAUUCUCUUUAAAAGGGAAAAUGUCUCUCCUGACAAAUAUUAUGUCCAUAUAUUUUCAUGUGUACAGUACAAAUAAGUGAUAGUUUUUAUGUGUAUACCUGAAAAUUUUUAGGUUUUAAAAAAUAAGUUUUAUCUCUUAAUUUUUAAAAUGCUAUUUGAGGAUAUUUGUGAUAUGAGAUAGUCAUCUUAAUUAUAUUUUUAUUUGUAACAAUAUGAUUUAUAAUAA